AUGAAAAGCAAUCAAACACACAUCACAGAAUUCAUCCUGGUGGGAUUCCACAUUAAAGCAGGGUUUGAAAUCUUGGUAUUUGGGUUGUUCGUAUUUUUCUACAGUCUCACUCUGAUAGGAAAUGGGGUGAUCCUGGGACUCAUCGUCCUGGACUCCAGAUUGCACAGCCCCAUGUACUUCUUUCUCUCAAACUUGGCCACUAUCGAUAUGCUAUUUUCCUCCACCAUUAUCCCCAAUAUGAUAGCGAAUAUCCUGAAGCAAGAUAAAAGCAUGCCCUUUGGUCCGUGCUUGUUUCAGACUUACACGUACCUGGCCUUUGCCAUCGCGGAGUGCAUGAAUUUGGUGGUGAUGUCCUACGACCGCUACGCAGCCAUCUGCCACCCGCUCCAUUACACCGUCAUCAUGAACUGGAGGGUGUGCACGGCCCUGGAGCUCAGCUGCUGGAUAUUCGGCUUCUUCUUAGCCCUUGUCCACGUGACGCUUCUCCUGCGGGUGCCCUUCUGUGGGCCCCAGAUAAUCAACCACUUUUUCUGUCAAAUCGUGUCGAUAUUGAAAUUGGCUUGCGGUGACAUUCGGGUCAACAAAAUUGUCAUCUUGGUGGGGUCGCUGCUGUGUCUAGUGGGACCCCUCUUCCUGGUGCUGCUGUCCUACACCUGCAUCCUCAUGGCCAUCCUCAAGAUCCAGUCCCGAGAGGGUCGCAAAAAGGCCUUCUCCACCUGCUCCUCCCACCUCUGCGUGGUCGUGCUCUUCUUUAGCGACCUCAUCGUCCUGUACAUGACCCCCAAAACCAAGCAUACUGAGACUCAGACGAAGAUCCUGUCGUUGUUUUACUGCCUUUUCAACCCUAUGCUGAACCCUCUGAUCUACAGCUUGAGGAACAAGGAGGUCAAGGGCGCCCUGAGGCGAGUGCUCAGCAGGAAGCGAGCCGUGUGA